AGUCGAUCGCCGAGAGUCGCCCGGCGUCAGCGAGCAGGAGCAAGAGGCAGCCGCGGCGCAGCGAAACCUGUCCGCGCUGACGACGGAAGUGCCGGAAGAACAGUGCGCUCGGGCAGCUCUCAUCCACCAACAGGAUCCUAUGGCCGACAGCGAGGACAUCUUCCUCAGGGCACGACAUGGGACAUUCAGCGGGCUGACCGAAGAUGCAGAGCACGAGUGGACGGGGCCAUUCUGCUUCAUUCAGGCCGCAGACCCCCAGCUCGGUCUGAUGAAGGCCUGGAAGGAUGGCGACUGUGACGGCGGAGGGGACGAAUGGGCCGAGGAGGUUGAGCUCACCAAGCAGGCUGUAGAGGCUGUGAACCAGCUCCGACCCAGGCCGAGGUUCAUGGUGCUGUGUGGGGACCUGGUCCAUGCAAUGCCAGACACACCGUUCAGAGAAGGUCAGGAGAGAGACCUGAGGGCGGCCUUGAAGGGAACAGAUCCCUCCAUCCCACUGGUGUUUGUCAGUGGGAAUCACGACCUGGGCAACACACCCACCCCAGGUACAGUGGAGCAGUACCGCAGUGCAUGGGGGGACGACUACUUCAGCUUCUGGGUGGGUGGCGUUUUCUGCCUGGUUCUUAACUCCCAGCUGUUCUACGACGCCUCGGCCUGUCCUCAGCUGAAGGAGGCCCAGGAGACGUGGCUGGAGGAGCAGCUGAGCAGAGCAUCCUCUUCGACGGAACCCAAACCCAAACACGUCCUGGUGUUCCAGCACAUCCCUCUGUACCUAAAGAGCCCUGAUGAGGAGGACGACUACUUCAACCUGCAGAGGGAAGUCAGACAAAACCUGCUGGACAGGUUCAAGAAGGCAGGGGUGAAGGCGGUCUUCUCUGGCCACUACCAUCGAAACGCUGGCGGUUGCCACGACGGCCUGGACAUGGUCGUGAGCUCGGCAAUCGGCUGCCAGCUCGGCCGUGACGCGCACGGCGUCAGGGUGGUGGUGGUGACGGCCGACGGUGUUGUCCAUCGCUACCACGACCUGGAGCAGCUGAGGGCGGGGGGCGUGGAAGAGGACCUCAGGAAACUCCUCCAGGCAUGAGGCCCAGUGAAUGAGUGAAAACGGGAAAAGUUUUUACUUUUUAAAAUAUAUUUUCAAGUUUAUUUGGAUUUUUACAGUUUCGAGCCCCUGUUCUUACAGGUAUUUGAAAAAGACAAAUCCGUUAAAGAGGCAGCCGGACAUUAUGAGUUAAACAGAAUCUUAUUAUGAAAUUAAAUUGAGUUUAUCUUUGCUCCGCUGAAUGUUUUCCUUGGAUUAUUUCUCAGCAGGAUGGAUGUAAUUAUCUCUUCUGCUACAGCCCCGACAGGGCCGCUCGAACAUCAGCGAUUGUGUUCUGACACUGUUGGUUCUUCUAUGGAGAGCCACAGUCCUCCUCUAUCUGAAGUAGCAUGACAUCAUGUCUGUCUGUCUAAGUGUAAGUUCAGUAGCAUCAUUAUGUUUCCUGUGUAACUUUAAAUGUAUCCAGCCGGCUCCUUCCUUUAAGGAAGCGUCCCUAGGAUAACUGACAUUUUGAUCAGAGCAGCUACAGGAGGUGUGGACGAUGAAGAGAUCCACUCCAAUUUUUACUCAAGUGAUCCUAAAAUAUCCAGAUGCAAUCGCUCCUUCUACGAUGUUUGCUGUUGCUGCAGUUUAACGCCUGGUGGCCAAUCCUAUGCAAGUUAAUCACAUUACUGUAUUAUGUGUUUUUAUGUAACUUUAAUUCGUUGUUUGACGGGCCUGAAAGAUCUGACCCUGGUUCCUGAAUGGCCUACACUGUCACACUUUUUUUUUUCCCCUGUAUGUCUGGCUAGUGUUGUAGAGACUAGUCUUUGGAUAAAUGUUAACUAGAGAGAUAAUUCUUAAUCCAUGCUAAUCAUUAAAACAAAUCAAUGACAAUCUUGUUUUUCAAAGUAACAAUCCCUCAGAUUUUAAGUCAAUGUGGCAAUAUUUAUUAUACUAGUAAGAAGAAAAGAAAUGCUCCAGGUGAUGACAUGUUGAUGAAGAUGUCGAUGUCGAUGAUGAUGAUGAUGUAGACACAUUUGUGAUCAGUUUUGCAGUCAGUUCUAUCCUUCAUGACAAAUACAUUAUCUUUCCUUCCUGCGACUGAAUUUGUUUCACAUGCAUGCAACAGAAAUUUGAGGCCAGCGAACUCUGUUGCUAACCAGGUAAAAUUACAGUCAAUUAUCAAUCAAUCAAUCAAAUUUUGCCUCAUACAACGAAUCACUCUGUGGCGCGAGUGUUGCGGCAUCCAUUCGGUUUCUCAGAGUGACUCGUAUAUGAAGGCGUGGAUCAAACCGAGUGUGGCCCCCUCCCCACCCCCCACUGUGAGGUUUUUGUGAUGAAAACGUUUCAUCACCGCACCGUGGUCUCGAUCAAAGUUGACACGUCACAUUGAAAUGACUCCUAAUCCGAUUAAUCUGCACACGUUUGAGAUCCUGACACACACACACACUGGGUGCACAAGGCGAAAGUGUGACUGUGUUGGUGGAUGCCAAACUGAAGGACUGGUGACAGACUGGUGAAAUGUCAUGUGUUGGUCAUUAAUGACGGGGAGGGCGCAGUGUUUUUCUGACUGUUCAGUCGGAGCUGAAGCAGCUGAACAUUGUUGCAGCCUGCGAGAUGCAAGACUUAUUUUUGAGCCUGAAAUUAUAAUUUCUGCAACAAAAUUAUUUUCUUUGUGAGUCCUAAAUGACUAUACUCGAUUAUACUUCACACACAAACACACAGAGAUACUCGCCCUGACCGACUGGGGAUAGAAGAGAGUUGUCAUGGCAACCCUUUAGCAACACUUCUGUGUGUGACUGCCAGUGUCGGUGGAGAAAGUGCACGUCCGUCCGUGGUGUGACGUGAACCGUAGGUGAUUUUCCAUCAGCGACACGCUCACUGACCAAAUUUUACACCGACAGAGGUCCGUUUUUUCCAAUAGUCAGCAUGUGAUGGACGGGGGGGGCGUCUGAGAGUAAUGGAUAAUGAGUGUGAUUUGUGAAAGACUACUCAGUCCAUAUCCUUAAUUUCCUGUCUGAGAAGGAACCUGAUGUCCUUAUCUAUUUUGAUAUCUUCACGGUAGCCGAGCUCAGUCCCAUUGCUCUUUAUCUGUGUGUGUGUGUGUGCAUUUGUUUUGGAGCACACAAUUUUUUUUGGGGGGGGGGGGGCAUCACACUUUCACUUGUCCCUAUGUUGGAAUUGUAAUGAAUUACCAUACUGAACACCAUGACUUAGACACAGUUGGUUGUAUUUUUAUAAUAAAUGUUGAUUUCAUCUAAUGA